UGCUGUAUUACUGUUCACCUCAUGACUCGGCCACACUUGGACAAUGUUUACUUCUUUUCUUCGAUAAAUCUGUAAUUUUCGCGAACUAAAACAGAACAAAUACCAUAAACAACUGAAUAAGGUAGAAUAAAAACCGCACAAAUGUCGCUUCUGGAGCAAUACGAACAGCAAUACGCCACGUUAAUAGCAGAAAUAACGGCCCAUAUUGGACGGCUGCAGCAGCAAAACAACAACAGCGAGCGCCAUGAUUUGUGCAGCAAGAUCGACUCCAGUUUGCCCGAGGCUCAGGAAUUGCUGGAGCAGAUGGGUCUGGAGGUGAGGGAGCUAAAUCCUGGACUGCGGAGCAGCUUCAACGGAAAGCUGCAGGUGGCCCAGGCAGAACUGAAACGGCUGCAGGCGGAGUACAGGUUGACCAAGGACAAACAGCGCUCCCAAGCCAACACAUUCACCACUCUGGACUUGGGUGACAGCUAUGAGGAUGUGUCCAUAAGUACAGAUCAACGCCAACGCCUCUUGGACAACUCGGAAAGGAUUGAACGGACGGGCAACAGGUUAACCGAAGGGUACAGAGUGGCCUUGGAGACGGAGCAACUGGGCGCCCAGGUCCUAAAUGAUCUGCACCACCAAAGGGAAACUCUACAGGGAGCCAGGGCUCGACUUCGAGAAACCAAUGCCGAGCUGGGAAGAGCUUCUCGCACUCUGAAUACCAUGAUGUUAAGAGCCCUGCGGGAGAAGGUGGUCUUGUAUGGAGUGGGUGUCUGCUUUGUGGUGGCCGUGGGCGUCAGUCUCUAUCUGACCUUCGCACCCAGUUCAAGCAGCACCGCCUCGUCGUAGUAAUUUUAGCUAGCAAACCAAUAGCCAAUGAUCUUAGCCCAAAUUCAAAUGUUAUAGAAGCCUGUCCAUUCCAAUUUCGUGAGUUGAUUAUUUAUUGUUUAGUAUAUUUUAUUUUUACGAGAUAUUCUGUGGAAGAAAGCUGCAGAUUACGCACUAAUCUAUAUAAGAUAGGAUGGAGUAUUACGUGCAAUAAGAGUCGAAGCUUAGAGUAGUUAUCUGCGGUCAAUCGAUGUCUAUAUAUUUUGUUGUCCUUUUACCUUUAAGAUUAAAUUGACCUUCUUGUUAAUCGAUGGAAUUCCUAUUACUUUUUAAUUCUUACCGCAGAUUUCUAACCUAUCACUCGCGUAUCCGCCAUCCUAGCUUACGUGUACAAAGUUUAAGUGGUUAAUGUUUGGCGCCUGGUUAAUAGAAACUAAUCCUACUCUAUGACUCGUGUUCGCGUUCGGGACGUAUUUUUCGUAAAAAUUCGAAUUGAACAUGUACGUAUCUAAAAAUCAUAACAUAGCCGAAAGCUAUCAAUAAAUAAAGGAAACAGU